AUGCAGCACUCAUCUUUCGGGAACGAUGAGCAGGCGUCUUACUACUUCGCCACAUACCUCGAAGCUCUUAACAUUCCCAUGGACCCUCCCUUUGAUGCCGGCGUUGUAUACUCUAACUUUGCACCGGGCGCGGUACCGCCGGCAUCUUCCCUUGGGCUCUACGAAGAAACCCCCACGAGCGUAGACUUUCAGCUUCCCACGCCUGAUCCGGAUGUGGGGGCUGACGUCCGACGAAACGACUUCGAUGUGUUUCUCGAGGGAUCAGGUCUGUUCGACGAUCCCGUCAUUCCGGAAGACCCCGCAGGGGAGCCUCCGCUGCCGCCAGCACCCGCUCCUAAGGACCUCGACUCCUUUUCUGAUGGAACUGGCCUCGGCAGCUUCGACUACAGCUUGACUUCCGAUCAUGGAAUCGCUGAUCGUCGUCCGACCUCCCUCGCCUUUUCGCCCGCUCAUCCUGAAGAGUCCGUUGUCUUGUGGCGUAACGAUGUGCAUCGCUGCACUGUCACAGACACAGCUGCUGAGUUAGAGAGAGAAGGGUUUCCCGAAGAGUAUCCCGAGGAGCCGGCAACCAAGCGCCGGCGCUUGUCCAAAGACUCUUACUUGGACAUAGCACCGCUGCGUACGGCCCCACCGCGUGAGCGCUUCAUCGCGCUCCCGUCCGCCUCUGCCCAGCCUAGCACGGCUGGCUCCUCGGUGUCUCAAUCCCACCAUCACUUCCAUCCAUGGAACACACGCUCGGUACCGAGCUUUUCUACCGGUCGGGUUACGGAUGUCGUUGACAUACCCAGACCAUGGUCCGCUCCUCCUUCCCUCUGA